AAAAAAAUCUCGUGAAAAUCUGCACCGACUUGCUUGUGAAGAAUUGUUAUUUCAUCAUAGACUCGCCGGGGCACCAUGAAGCGACAAGCUAAAAAUGUGCUACUGGAUCGAAUGCAUCGGGGCGUAGUGUACACCUGCAUGGGACUGACCCUUUACGGCAGCUAUAUGCUCGGAGUACGGGUUUACCGGUAUUUUACAGUCAUCAAGCCAGCCAGACAGGCCGAAGAAUUAAGGAUGCUGGAGGCUGGAGCCACGAAACAGGCGCCUAAUCUGGACACUGCACCAACGCUCACAUCCUAAGGCCCAUGGUUCCGCCUCACCAGUAGAUACGAUUUUCAUAAAAAUACAUUAUGUAAUGCGUUUGCGGUGAUACAAACCGCCGGCAUCGUCCUGUAAAUGGCGCCGCGUUCCUGAACAGGAGCGUGUAGGACAUUUCUUUCCUUGAUAGCCGCCGUCACGAAUGAGAACAUUUUUCAGCUGUAUAAAAAUGGUUUCCUUCAUUUCACUGUUUAUUCUUCGUUAAAUAUAAUUACUUUUUAUCAAAACACA